CAAGCUUAUACAUCGCGGCUCUUAUAUCACUUCUCUCCCGCAGUCCCUACCGUUGUCUGGCAGAUCUUGGUGGCUUAGAACUUGUUCCUUCUCUGUGUGUCUCGCUUCGUUCUACUCUCUGUGAGCAUCCCUAACCAUGGCAGAUCACUACACUAAUUUCUUCGAGGCUUUCCUCAGCAACAAUACUUUCUCCUCCUCCACCCCAUCCUCUCCGGCAGUUGCCACCACCUACGGCUUCUCCCACGGCCACACCAGUUCUCCUCCUGUGAGAGAGGCCCUCCCUCUCCUCAGGCUGAGUCCCACAAGGCACCCAGGGGAGGACAACACCUCUUGCAGCGUGUUUGAUGAAGGUGGAAAGGACGAGGCCAUGUGCAUCGAUGGCGAAGCUGAUGCUGCGGUUAUCGCUCUCCACUUAGGCCCUCCAAGCCCCGGUGCAGUUGAUCUAAUAUCAAGAAACUCUUCGGAGGCUGAUACUGAACAAAAAGGAGGAGGAGGAGGAGGAGGUGAUGGUGAUGUGGUUCCCUUAGGUUACCCUUCCAAUCCCAUAGGAAGGAUCAACAAGGGACAGUAUUGGAUUCCCACCCCAUAUCAGAUCCUCAUUGGUCCAAUCCAGUUCUCUUGCCCGGUGUGCAGUAAAUCUUUCAAUAGGUACAACAACUUGCAGAUGCAUAUGUGGGGACAUGGAUCACAGUACAGGAAGGGACCAGAGUCGCUAAGAGGCAUCCAGCCGACGGCGAUGUUACGGCUUCCAUGCUACUGCUGCGCGCCCGGUUGCCAGAACAACAUCGACCAUCCGAGAUCGAAGCCACUGAAGGACUUCAGGACCCUCCAAACUCACUUCAAAAGGAAGCACGGAAUCAAGCCCUUCGUGUGCCGGAAAUGCGGCAAGGCCCUCGCGGUUCGCGGCGACUGGCGGACCCAUGAGAAGAACUGCGGGAAGCUGUGGUACUGCAUCUGUGGCUCCGACUUCAAGCACAAGAGGUCGCUCAAGGAUCACAUCAAGUCCUUCGGCCGGGGCCACGCGCCAGUCGGCGCCGACUGCUUCGAGGACGACGACGAGCCCCUGUCCGAGAUCGAACAAGACUCUCUACAAGCUCACAAGGGGAGGUAAUAUGGCCAAUGCAUAAUUCCUUGUAAGCGGAGAGUCAUCUCAGCAUCUCUUCACGCUUACUAAUAACUCUCAUAGAUCAAUGGAAAUGUGUUGUUCUUAUGCUGUCAGGUUAGCUAUGGAUCUCCUUUCUUUCCUGUAGUUCACUUUAGGCUUA